CAUUAUACUAUAACAACCACAAUGGCUAGCUACAGUAUCUGCAAUCACCAUGAUUAAUUUAUUGUCAAUUCUAUAACAGUGGUGGAGAACAGACAUUGAAGAAAAGAGAAUAAGAAAACUCACUCCAAAAUCAGAAUAAUAUUUUCCAGUUAAAUUAUUGUGUAUGUGGUGGUUCGUUUUUAGUGUUGCAACAUAUUUGUGUUGACUUUUCAAACUGAACAGGAACAAUUCUAUGCAGUGUUAAUGAGAAACUUAAAUGGUACUCAUUUUGGGGGUUUUAUUUCUUGUCAUAUAACUAUUGCGUUGUUGUGAGGUGUGGAUAUGGGGCUGGCAUAAAAUGCUAUAUAUUGAUAUGUUUAUUGGCUUGUCUUUCUUUUAAUCCACCUUAAAUGUUAAGAGGCUUUUGUUCUAUGGGAGAAACAAGUUGGGGUCAGAGGAUCCAUAAAGCAAGUUCGUCCUCACUGAGGUGGAGAAACUGUGUUUACAUUGGAUUUCAGAUGAAUCUUUUGUCGGAUCACGUGCUAUUGUGGUAUGAUUCGCAAUGCUGUAAGCAGAUAAUGGAAAUAAUCAGAGGAAGAAAGGCCGUUGAUGAUGAUGACCAGAAUGCAAAUCUGGAAGUUAAGUUCUUAGCUAGACUACCAAACAAGGAGCAAGUGGCGAUAAAAGCGUGCGGCAUCCGUUGGAUAUACUCAAAUAUGGAGGAGGAAUCAAGAGGGUGUGGAUUCAAGAGAAGCAGGGAAGUUUUUGCAUCACAAAAUGAAGAAAAGGGGUUCGAAUCUGAUGAUGAAGGGGAAGAACCAGUUCCUCCGGCAAAAAAAUUUAAGCAUAGCUUAAUGGAAGCUGCCUCAAUCCUUGAAGUUGAAUCAAUAGAAUACUUGAGAACAUGAACAGGAAAAAACUUGAACAACUUUUGCACAUUCAAUUUGAUGGAGACUCCUGUAAUGCGGAGAUCAAAUUGGGGUACCAUGUGUAGUCCAUUUACAAUGAACUGAUUUCAAGUAGUGAUUGAUGUCAAUAAAAGCUAGGAUAUAGAUGGGUAAGGUAUCAUGGGUGAAGGAGCUAAUAACUGUGGUUACAAUUCGCAAUUCGGGGUGUACAUGGCCGGAUUACGAAUUACAUGAAUAUCAGAUCGCUCCGGAAUCCUGAUGGCAAAAUCGUUGGGGGGAAAGGGUAAUAACGUAACGACAAGGGUGGCUAUGAAAGCUGGAUGGUAACCUAAAAGUCGAAAGAUGUUCAUACAUGGUAUGGAAUUAAUGAAUAUUGAGGUUGUUGCUUUCUUGUGUUUCUUUUUGUGUUCUUGGGAUUUAUAGAGGGAAGGCUCAACGCUACUGUACGUAGAGUAUGUCCAUUUUUGUAUUCGUACUGCUUUUUUCUUUGUACUUAUAAAAUAAUUAAAUAAAUAAAUAAUUUCAA